AGUCCAAAUUUUACGCGGCGCGCGACGGGCCGAAACACCGAGAAUGAGAAUCCCGGUUUGAACCGGAUUGAACCGGUCCGAGGUUGGAAGCAUGAGCGGAGAGGACGCGCGGAGCCUCACGCUGUAAAGCCGGAGCUGCCCCACACUGUGUGCGACCACUGACCGAAAUAAAGUCACUCACUGCGGGCUGAUGAGCAGGAACACCGACUCUGGGCUGUUAGCUUAGCAUCACGUUAGCCGCCAGACCCGAAUCCUCAUUGACUUUGCCAUUAGCACGCUAGCUGGCUGUUAGCCCGGUGGGAGUCGGCUGUGGUGACAGGUAAAGAAGACCAUGCUCCGCCGCAGCUGAGGAGGAGACGCGACCGGCCGGAGAGGUUCGAACACGGCGACCAGGACCCACGCGUACCCGGGGGGGACGUUUAAAGUUGCCGCUGACGGUCACUGCCGGUGUCACCCAGGACGGCUAGCGUUAGCUGUAUGCUAGCGGGGGUUAGCAGCGGAGGAAACGUGCCAGGAGAUACAAGUUGUUCGGUCUUUUCAGCGCAUCGAGAAGAUUCACAUUGCCGCCGCUCGGCCGCAGCUCGCAUCGGUCCACGGAUAACCGCUCCAGACGAGCCGGACGGGACACACCAGAAGCCCUAUGCCAGCAGAAAUGACGAUGUUGGCCGAUAACCCAGCCAGAGAGCUGCUGGACUUCAGUCAAAAGCUGGACAUCAUCCUGUUGGACAAUGUUGUCAACUCCAUGUACCAUGACAUUGGUUCCCAGCAACGGGUGGCUCAGGAAGUGCUGACCAACUUAAAAGACCAUCCAGAUGCCUGGACGAGGGUCGACACCAUCCUGGAGUUCUCUCAGAACAUGAAAACCAAAUAUUAUGCGCUGCAGAUUCUGGAGGUGGUCAUUAAAACACGCUGGAAGAUUCUCCCAAGAAAUCAAUGUGAAGGAAUCAAGAAAUAUGUGGUCGGCCUGAUCAUCAAGACGUCUUCUGAUCCUGCCAACAUGGAGAAAGAAGGAGUUUACAUUUCAAAACUCAACAUGAUCCUUGUUCAGAUCCUGAAGCAGGAAUGGCCCAAACACUGGCCCACAUUCAUCAGUGAUAUCGUGGGUGCGAGUCGGACCAGCGAGAGCCUCUGUCAGAACAACAUGAUCAUCCUCAAACUGCUCAGCGAAGAGGUCUUUGACUUCUCCAGCGGCCAGAUGACCCAGGUGAAGGCCAAGCACCUCAAAGACAGCAUGUGCAACGAGUUCUCCCAAAUAUUCCAGCUGUGCCAGUUUGUGAUGGAGAACUCGCAGAACGCUCCGCUGGUGCACGCCACACUGGAGACUCUCCUCCGCUUCCUGAACUGGAUUCCUUUAGGUUACAUCUUUGAAACCAAACUCAUCAGCACGCUGGUCUACAAGUUCUUGAAUGUGCCCAUGUUUCGCAAUGUGACGCUGAAGUGUUUGACAGAGAUCGCUGGCGUGAGCGUCAACCAGUAUGAGGAGCAGUUUGUCAACCUGUUCACGCUCACCAUGUCCCAGCUUAAACAGAUGCUGCCUUUGAACACCAACAUCAGAGUGGCCUACGCCAAUGGAAAGGAUGAUGAGCAGAACUUCAUCCAGAACCUCAGCCUGUUCCUCUGCACCUUCCUCAAAGAACACGGCCAGCUCGUCGAGAAGAGACCAAACCUGCGAGAGUCACUGGUGGAGGCCCUGCACUUCAUGUUGCUGGUGUCGGAGGUUGAGGAGACUGAGAUCUUCAAGAUCUGUUUGGAGUAUUGGAACCACCUGGCAGCCGAGCUGUACAGGGAGAGUCCCUUCUCCACAUCCAGCACCCCGCUCCUGUCCGAUGUCCCUCCACGAAGACACCUCUACCUGCCCGUGCUGUCCCAGGUACGUUUGCUGAUGGUGAGCCGCAUGGCCAAACCAGAGGAGGUGCUGGUGGUGGAGAACGACCAGGGUGAGGUGGUCAGGGAGUUCAUGAAAGACACGGACGCCAUUAACCUCUACAAGAAUAUGAGGGAGACUCUCGUGUAUCUGACUCAUUUGGACUACGCAGACACUGAACGCAUCAUGACUGAGAAGCUCCACAAUCAAGUGAACGGCACUGAGUGGUCGUGGAGGAACCUGAACAUGCUCUGCUGGGCCAUUGGCUCCAUCAGCGGUGCAAUGCACGAGGAAGACGAGAAGAGAUUCCUAGUCACAGUCAUCAAGGAUCUGCUCGGCUUAUGUGAACAGAAGAGAGGUAAAGACAACAAGGCCAUCAUAGCGUCCAACAUCAUGUACAUCGUGGGACAGUAUCCUCGCUUCCUGCGAGCCCACUGGAAGUUCCUCAAGACUGUCGUCAACAAGUUGUUUGAGUUCAUGCACGAAACACAUGACGGCGUACAGGACAUGGCGUGUGACACCUUCAUCAAGAUUGCUCAGAAGUGCCGUCGUCACUUUGUCCAGGUUCAGGUGGGAGAGGUGAUGCCUUUCAUCGACGAGAUCCUCAACAACAUCAACACCAUCAUCUGUGACCUGCAGCCACAGCAGGUCCAUACAUUUUACGAGGCGGUGGGCUACAUGAUUGCGGCUCAGACCGAUCAGGCAGUUCAGGAGCUUCUCUUGGAGAAGUACAUGCUGCUCCCGAACCAGGUGUGGGACAGCAUCAUCCAGCAGGCCACCAAGAAUGUGGACAUCCUGAAGGAUGCUGAGACGGUGCGUCAGCUGGGCAGCAUCCUGAAGACAAAUGUCCGAGCCUGUAAAGCUGUCGGCCAUCCCUUCGUCGUUCAGCUGGGACGAAUCUACCUGGACAUGCUUAACGUUUACAAGUGUCUGAGUGAAAACAUUUCCUCGGCUGUCCAGACUAAUGGAGAGAUGGUGACCAAACAGCCUCUGAUCAGGAGCAUGAGGACGGUGAAGAGAGAGACACUGAAGCUGAUCUCGGGUUGGGUCAGUCGCUCCAACGACCCUCAGAUGGUGGGAGAGAACUUUGUGCCCCCCCUGCUGGAGGCUGUGCUCAUCGACUAUCAGAGGAACGUCCCAGCUGCCCGGGAGCCUGAGGUCCUCAGCACCAUGGCAACCAUCGUCAACAAGCUGGGCGUGCACAUCACCGGGGAGAUCCCCAAGAUCUUUGACGCUGUCUUCGAGUGCACUUUGAAUAUGAUCAACAAGGACUUUGAAGAAUUCCCAGAACACAGAACUCAUUUCUUCUACCUCCUCCAAGCCGCCACAUCCCAGUGUUUCCCAGCCUUCCUGUCCAUCGCCCCGGCCCAGUUCAAACUGAUACUGGACUCCAUCAUCUGGGCCUUCAAGCACACGAUGAGGAACGUGGCCGACACAGGUCUACAGAUCCUGUACACUCUCCUGCAGAACGUGUCCGGUGAGGAAGCCGCAGCACAAAGCUUCUACCAGACGUACUUCUGUGACGUCCUGCAGCACAUCUUCUCUGUGGUCACCGAUACCUCUCACACUGCAGGUCUGACGAUGCACGCCACCAUCUUGGCCUACAUGUUCAACCUGGUGGAGGAGGGGAAGGUGAGCGUGGCCCUGAGCGCAGCCAGCCCCGCCAACAACCAGGUGCACGUCCAGGAGUACAUUGCCAACCUGCUGAAGACGGCUUUCCCCCACCUGCAAGAUGCCCAGGUGAAGGUGUUUGUAACGGGUCUGUUCAGCCUGAAUCAGGACAUCGCUGCCUUCAAGGAGCACCUGAGGGACUUCCUGGUGCAGAUCAAGGAGUUUGCCGGCGAGGAUACGACGGACCUGUUCCUGGAGGAGAGGGAGGCGUCUCUGCGCCAAGCCCAGGAGGAGAAACACAAGCUCCAGAUGUCAGUGCCCGGAAUCCUCAACCCCCACGAGCUGCCUGAGGAGAUGGGCGACUGAAGGAGGAAUGGCGGUGGCGACCGGCGUGUACAGAACAAAUCUGAAGGGGGGGGGGGGAAGGUCAAGAGAGCAAGGACGCUUCCUGUCGAUACAUUUUCUUUUCAAGUGUGUUUGUGUGCAAGUGUGUGUGUGAAAAGAAGAAUAAGGGGCCAGAGAAAAGGACCCCAGCACUCGGUUGUACAUCGACCAAAUCUAUGUCAAUAUGUAAAUGAGAAAAGACCCACGACCCCUCCUCCCCGGCGCGAUUUCCUUUUUUCCCCCACAAACUUAUUUUAUAUAAAUUUUUUGUUUAAGCUGCCAUCUUUUGUAAAUUCUUUGGUGAUUAAAGCUUUAUGUUUGGCCAUAUGGUUCUGUUACACCUGCAUGAAGUCGAAAGAAUUAAAGGUUAUUUUUAAUCUCUCUUCACUCCCCCCCCCCACCCCCACUUGUUAAUAUGUAUUAUAUGAUGUUGAGACACUUGCAGUGGUCAGUGGACGAACCGCUCUGCUUUCAGAAGUGCCACAUGCACAGUGCAGAAUGAAUGUGAUGCUCAAGGGGUGAACAUGUACCUUCCUUCGUUGUUUUGGUUUGUCAGUGUGUUGAAUGUUUUUUUUCCCUUUACUCCGGCUCCCUGAGUGAAUCGAUCGGAGCUUUGGUCGGACCGCUCUGCGUUUGGAUGAGAACGAUGGCUGUGUGCAUAAUCAUCCUGUUUGUAAAGCUGUCUUAGUACUCUGAGAAUAUAAAGUUGGCUAUUUUUACAAA